GGCCUAGGUGGCGGCGGCGGACACGUCGAGCCCCGCAGAAGGCGAGGGGCUCCGCGGGGUCUCGUGUCGGCCGCGGCUCGGGGUUCGGGGCGGAAGGCUCUCGCGGCGGCGCCCGAUCUUGCUUCCCAGAAACUUCUGCUGACUCAGCUGGAAAAAUGGAUCAUCAUUCCCACCAUAUGGGGAUGAGCUCCAUGGACCAUAACAGCACCAUGCCACCCUCUCACCAUCACCCCACCACCUCAUCCUCACACCACGGCGGGGGAGACAUGAACAUGCAAAUGACCUUCUACUUCGGCUAUAAGAAUGUGGAAAUACUGUUUGCUGGCUUGAUAAUAAAUACACCUGGAGAAAUGGCUGGCGCUUUCGUGGCAGUGUUCUUACUUGCAAUGUACUACGAAGGACUCAAGAUAGCCCGAGAGCGGCUGCUGCGCAAGUCUCAGGUCAGCAUCCGCUACAAUUCCAUGCCUGUGCCCGGACCAAACGGCACCAUCCUGAUGGAGACGCACAAAACGGUUGGGCAACAGAUGCUGAGCUUCCCUCACCUCCUGCAGACAGUGCUGCACAUCAUCCAGGUGGUUGUCAGCUACUUCCUCAUGCUCAUCUUCAUGACCUACAAUGGGUACCUCUGCAUCGCCGUGGCCGCGGGGGCCGGCACCGGCUACUUCCUCUUCAGCUGGAAGAAGGCAGUGGUGGUGGAUAUCACGGAACAUUGCCAUUAACGGCAGACCCCAUGGUGUGGCCUUCUUCAUUGCAGUGGGAAACAGUUCAAGACUGGAAGACAUAAUAACUCCUGAUAUCUCCCCUCUACACACACACACACACACACAUACAGAGAGCUGUCAGUAGAGGUUUAGCUCACGGUCUGUUAGCUAAAGUGAUCGUCUCCAUUACUAUUUUCUAAUGAGCUAGAAUUCCCCAAUUUGCUCAAGGAAGCCACCCAUGAGAUGUUCUCUCCCUCCCUUUUAGAUCCAAGUUCUUAUCUAAUCCAGGUAGCUUUCUAUUCAAUGACUUGAUCACCUACUUCCUUUUUUAUUGGUUUUAUUUUUAUUUUUUAAUAAAUGUGUGAAUCUGUUGGGGUUAUUUUCCCUUUGGUUAACUUCAACCAGGAUUGAUCAUAACUGAUGGAAAUUCUUGCCCAAUUAAGCCAAGAACCCAAACUAAAUAGUAAUUAAAGGAAAAAAAGAAACACCUCGAGUCUUAGGACCCAGUGAGUGAGGAAUCCACUGCGCUUUCCCUGGUGGGGUUUUUGAACUGAAAUCUUCCUCAUGUGCAAACAGGUUUGGAGAGCGUGGACGUUUGUGGUCUUGGGAGGGGGCUUCCUCAUUAACUGUGAUCUAUGCAGCCUUUUUUUGAUUAGAAUGAAUUUAGAGAUAGGAAAAAUGACAAUCAAUUGAGCGAACAUUUUAAAAUAAAAUCAUUGGCAUUUUACUUUGACUUGGUACCUUGGCGUGUCACAGCUAACUGAAGCAGGAGCUUGGGGAGUUUCAUUUUUUUAUUGUCUUUGUUUCUAAGGUGUCUACUUCUAAAUUAGAGGUUUUCAAACUUGAGGGUGCACCUAGAAUCGCCUAGAGGGUUUGUUGAGACACAAGUUAAUGGACCACAAAUCUGUUGGCGUUUCUAACAAGUACCUGGUUAUGGGCAAGGAGAGGCCCUGCUUGAGACUAUUGGAGUGUCACGUGGUGUUGGCAUGGACAUAUGGAGUGUUUAAUUGGCCAGUGGUUCUAUCUGGACUUUAAAACCUAAUUCUUCAGCGAUAGCUGGCAAAUACUUUAUUCCUCACACACUCAGGUCCAACAGCCAAAUGCAGACGUGUGCGUGUGUGUGUACACACACACACACAGAACUGUGGCCAAAAUGACUGUCAGCAUGUGUGAAAAUCACUAUCCUGUGUUUUUUAAGAUCUGUGGUUUCUUGGGAGUAGUUGGAAAGUUGAGAGAGACCUUUGAUCUUGAUCAGCAGCAUGAGGCAGCCAGCCAUCAUUAUUUUGCCCAGAAGAGCAAAGCUUCAGCUGUCCCUGAGGGUCAGCUUGGAGUGCAACCUGCUGAUCACCAGCUUUUCCUUAGCCCCUGACAUUCAUGCCCACACAGGGGAACCCUGGACCACCUUUGUUACUCUGGGGAGUUAAUUAAAUUGCAAGUGGCCAAGACCAUCUCUCCAUCAAGAAUCACGCUGGAGUUUUAUUGUGUUCAGUUAUUAGUCACUACAGUCUUGAUCCCAGUCCAAACUACCUCUGUCAGGUGUUGAGCCCUCCCCUCCUUGGUGCUAGACUCCCAAGUGUGCCUCAGGGCAGUGGAGACAAACCAAUCCUGUUGGCCUUUGUUGUGGUUUCCAAGUUUGUGGGCGCCAGUUCUAUUGUGUAGAGUGAGGACCACGGUGAGCCUACUGGAUUGAAGUGAAAAUCUAAACCAGCAUUUUUCUCUCAUUCCAACCUCUCAGAGUGCUGAUCCUAACCAAGAACAGUGAAUGACAGGUACCGACAAGAGUUCAACAUAAAGGUGUAACAUAGCCUGUUAUUACUUACUGUCUCAGAAGCCAAGGAAUAAAUAAUAAAAUCAGAAUUAAUAUUUAGUGACCCUGGUGCUCUCUAGAAAUCAUGGCAUGAAUCGCUACAAAGUACCCUUUCUGGAACAGGACCGUAAGAAUAAGGAAUAAAAAUAAGAGUCUAGUUUGACAAGUGUUAGGCUGAAACCCACUCAGUGUGGCGUAGGUUUUCAGAUUUUCACAGUCACCUUAAUGAAAGGCUUGAGUUUCCAAGACUUGAAAAUCAGUGCCAGCAAGGAAGAGGUUCGUGAAGGAGAAAAGAAUUAAACCUUAAACACCAUCUUUUGUGAGUUCUGGGAUUGUGGUAUUAUGGUAUUAUUAUGAUCCCAUUGACCUUCAUUUCUGAUGUCUUGGCCAUUCAAUGCCUAACUUUGUUUUAGAUCGUAAUUUCUCUUUCCCUCCACUUCAUCUGUGAAAGCUCGCUGCCCCAUUUCUUUGUUCCCCUUUCUGCUCUCUUCCCAUGAAUCCACUUUGUCAUGAUCUCCCUAGUCCUGGGGUAGGGGACCUGGCCACAUAUUAUCAGUCAACGUAAAACUUGGCCAGCGCUUAAGCAUUCCUCAAGGAGCCAUCGUGAAACUUCGGUAAGAUGGGGUACCUCACAAUGUCCCACACACAGUUCAAUUCCUGGGUGCUGUUUCCCAUGAGGUGGAAAAACACAGCCCCCUUGUGUCCACCAGGAUGGGAGAUUCGGAUUUCUUCACAAUUUCUGGAGUUCCCUUACAGGCUGUGGGCACUGGUUUGAGUUCUAGCCACAAGGGUCCCUAAAUGGCACUGGGAGGUGUGGGGUCAAGGGGUACACAUCUUUUGAUCUUUUUAACCCUGCCCUUUCCAGCUGCGCCUUUCAAAAAGAAAUAUCUAAAGAUACAAAAAUCUGCUCAUUGAUACAAUGCCUUAAUCACUGGGUCUACAAUUCCCAUUGACUGUUUUAGAUUGUAAGCUCCCGGAGAGCAGUAUUGCUGUAGUGGAAACGUUUUAACACUGUCAUGUGCUAAAGAACAAAAUAAAUAUUUUGAUUUUGUGA